AUGCAGUUCAAACCUGAACGUUGGAUCGACCCCAACUGUACCGAUGUGAAGGAAGCCAGUCAGCCGUUUUCACUAGGCCUACGCGCCUGUGUUGGUCGUAACUUCGCAUUCGUGGAGAUGUCGUCCAUCCUGGCGAAGGUCCUCUAUACCUAUGACCUGGAGCUCGUGGACCAGAAUCUGGACUGGGAAAACGAUUCGCAUUGCCAUAUCAUGUGGUGGAAGGCCCCAGUUCAUGUAGUUUUUCGCCCUAGGCUUAGCAAGGGCUCGCAGUAG